GUCUGUUUGGGUAUGUCGAGCCAAUACGCUUUCUCAUUAUCAUAAUCAUUAAUUGUGUUGAACAGAUUAAUAUUAGUGUACAGUUGCGUUUAACGACACUCCAGCACGAAAAAACAGAUAACAGAGUCUGCAACAACCUACACGAUGACACAAGAACAAAGAUUAACGAGGAAUGGAAUGGUGGCCAUCUUUAUUUGUAUGUUCAUGUUGGACAUUUCUUGCCUUUCUGCCUGUGAAUCAGCCCUUUUCAGCAGACUUCCGGGAUAUCACGUGACCAGCCCAAUCAUGCGCACAGUGGCAUGUCCGGUAAACAAGUGCUCGUUGUUUUUCUGCGCAGCAAGCUGUACAAACAAACAGUGUCUGGCGGUCAGUUUCCACAGAGGUAAUCGGAUUUGUGAACUCCACGACAAACCCAUCCACUCGCUGGAAGUGACGUAUGAAGCAUCACAAGACUGGGAAUAUCUCCAAAUAAGGAAAGAUUUCGUGCUAGAUGACGACGACUGGGUUUUGGUAUUUCGAGCUACUCGUCUCAUUAACCAAUCAGCGUACGACACGUGGGUGAACCCUGGGCAUUACGACGACUACCCAGCACUACGUCAGGACGUCCCUGUUGGUUGUUUGUCGGUGAACGGGUCACACUACUGUGACAGACACUACAAAAGUAAACUCAUCAACAUCUGGAAUUCGGCUAAUAUCGCACAGGUGAAACUGGUGCUGUACGAAAACGGUGUUCCCAUGGUAACUACAAUUUUCAACGGUCAUGGGACAUCAUCGACGACAUGGUUUACUCAACCUAGAAUGGCGCAUUCAUCAUGGGAUGACCUGUAUGGCAACACUGUCCUCUUCUUUUCGCAAAAUGGUCAGGAUGUGAAUUUUCGACGCUGGUAUAUCGUUAAAAGUCACAACGGAUGCCCAAAUGACAUCGGUUGGAUGGUGGUCCUCGACAAAUAUGUCAUGAAAUGUCCUUGGGAAUAUCCCGUCAAUGCGGGCUUCCCUGUCUUUCUGUAUGCGCCUAAUCAACGGAAAACACAGUGGGAUAAAGAAUUCAGCGAAGCAGAUGUGAUGGCAAUAUUUGUAAAGUUUGCAACAUGAAUUUGUUUCUGGUGUAUACGAACAUUAUGAGAAGGCAUUCGACUUCGUGUGAUAUUUAUGUUCAUUAAAUUACAAUUACAUAAAUAUCAUAGCGGUAUACUCAACGAAUAAAGUUUCCUUCACCGCCGAAAAUUCAUAUUCACCUUUUUGAUGUUCCAAGGGAUUAUAGACAGAAUCUGCGCGACUCCGGCUAAUACGAGAAAACUUGGUUGGUUUCAGAUAUUAACUGUGAAUCUUUGACUGAAUCUUGCACAGAGUCAGUUUUUGACGAUGAUUCAUGAGUGCAUGUUAUGACAGCUAUAUAUAUUCUAAUGAGCUCAGUUCUGAUCUUUUGCUUUUAUCCUCCAGUAAGACAUCUUGUCGAAAUCAGACUAUGUACGUUUCUCUUACUCCGUUGCAAAACGGCCUGAGUGUAAUAAAGUUCUGUUCUGUU